CGAUCGUCCAAGAGGCCAAAACAUCGUACGUCAGCCACCAAAGCUUGCCCUGCUACUGCAAAUGCUGCUCAGGAAAUCAGUACAAAUCAUCCUGACUCAGCAGGAAGGGAGUAAUGUUAUUCAUACAGGUAGUCGUCGAGCUUGUUGGCCCUGUAUCUACGCGGACAAGCCCCACAGUCACAGAACCUUGAAGAACUGAGACGGAUGACCUCUGCUCAUCUACUGGAGUAUCGGUUCUGAAGAUCUUGGUUCCCGUACGCUUUAUAUCAAGUUGACACAUAACGAACACAGAAAUAACUCACAAUUCAAGUUCCCAAGACUACACACCAUAGUUCAAAAGACGAUGAAGGGUAAAGUACAAACAGUGUGUGGCUGGGUGGAACCCAGCUCCUUGGGGAGGACCUUUACCCAUGAGCAUCUCUGCAAGAAGUUUGACUUAACAUACAUCCCACCAAAGGCAGAGGAUAAGCACAUGGUGAAUGCAGAGUUUUCUCUAGAAAACAUAGGAUGGAUCAGACAAAAUCCGUACUCUCACAAACCAAAUUUGAAUUUCACUGGACCUCAAGUUAAAGCAGCAGUGAUGAAUGACAUAGAAGAGUUAAAAAAACUAGGUGGUGGCACCAUUGUUGAGAACAGCAAUGAAGGCCUAAACAGAAAUGUGUCCUUCAUGCGUGAAAUAAGUCUCAAGCAUGGAGUUAAUAUUAUUGCAGGAACAGGUUACUAUGUGAAGGACACUCAGACAAGAGAGACCCUAGGGUUAUCAGUGGAAGCAAUGGUAAAUUCCAUGACAACAGAGUUGACUCUUGGAUGUGGAGACACCCCAGAUAUUAAGUGCGGUAUCAUUGGGGAAAUUGGUUGCUCAUGGCCAUUAUACGAAUGGAAAACUAUCCAGGCAGCGGGAGAAACACAGGAAUGUACAGGAUGUCCUGUAAUGUUUCACCCAGGACGGCACUAUAAUGCUCCUGAAGAAAUUUUCAGGAUCUACACGGAAGCAGGUGGCGAUGCUAAGAAGAUGGUGAUGGGUCACCUUGAUAGGACUAUUCACAAGUUGGAUGCUUUGGUGGAAUAUGCUUCCCUUGGGUCGUACUGUGAAUAUGAUUUGUUUGGCAUAGAAAUUUCUCAUUAUCAACUUGAUAAAUCACUGGACAUGCCGUCUGAUGCGCAGCGAAUUGCACGCAUCAAGCACUUGGUUGAUAAUGGUUUUGGCGAUAAAAUUCUCAUGGCCCACGACAUCCACACCGUGCAUCGUCUGAAAGCUUAUGGUGGUCAUGGCUACGGUCACAUUCUGAAAAAUGUUGUUCCCAAAAUGUUGGACCGUGGACUGAGUCAAGAAGCUAUAGACAAGAUCCUCAUUUCCAACCCCAGCACUUGGCUGACAUUCUCCAAGUAAACUUUAUAUGAAACCAUUGCAAGAAUGAUUAACUUCGAAUUCAUAAGUCAACUUCUGAUGAAGCCACUGCAAGCUUUAUUAACAUGGAAUGCAUUAAUGGUCCUCAGAUGAAACCAGUCAAAGCUUUGUUACCAUAACUUGACUAUAAAAUACUGUACUGUACAUGUCUCGUGGGUUGUUAUAAACUACUGUAGUACUGAGUAUAAAAAGUCAAAAUAUAAUCAUUGAACCACAUUUCCCUUUUUUGGUUCUUCUUUUGUUACAUUUUAUAUGGUGCUUUUCUUAGUGAUUUGUCACCUUUUUUAGUUUAAUCUAACUAAUCCACUUCUCUGGGAUUUUUUAUUCUUAUCUUUUACUUCCCUCUUGUACCUGCUUUUGCAGUAUUCAUCCUCUUCUACAUACAGUAUUCUUAAGUACAGGUGUAACUAAAAAAAUCCAAUACAGUAGUUAAAUAAAAAUUACUCUUUGAAACCCUUUGUCAUAUAUCCAGAGUUCCAGAAAAAAC